AUGCACCAAAGGAAGUACACUCUAGAGCUGAUUUCUGAGCUUGGACUGGGAGCUCCAAAACCUGCAGCAACACACAUUGAAGCCAACAUCAAACUGACCACUAAGGAGUAUGAUGAACAUACUAGCAGCUCUAAUGCAACUGAUGAUGAAGUGUUAACAGACAUCAGCCAAAGAUUAUUGGGGAAACUACUCUACUUAACUGUCACAAGGCCAGACAUAGCAUAUAGUGUUCAGACACUAAGCCAGUUUAUGCAAAAUCUGAAAAGAUCACAUUUGGAAGUUGCUCAAAGAGUGGUUAGAUAUGUGAAGAACCAAACAGGUCAAGGCAUACCUUUGUCUAGCAAACAGAGAAACACUAUCACUACAUAUUGUGGUGCAGACUGGGCAACCUGCCCUAUCACUAAGAAGUCAGUAACAGGCUUCUUCAUUAAGUAUGGUGAUUCCCUGAUAUCCUGGAAGUCAAAGAAACAAAGCACCAUUUCUAAGAACUCUGCAGAAUCUGAGUACAGAAGCAUUGCAUCAACUGUAGCUGAAUUGGUGUGGAUACUUGGUCUGUUCAAAGACAUUGGUAUAGAAGUUGGCCUCCCCGUGAACAUCUACACUAACAGUAAAGCAGCAAUUCAAAUAGCUGCCAACCCAGUGUUUUACGAACGAACCAAACACAUUGAAAUAGACUUUUAUAAGGGAGAAGAUACAGAAUGGUCUGGUACAAACAGAAUAUGUAGCUGCAAAGGAGCAGAUAGCAGACAUUCUAAACAAAGGUCUACCACGAGUGCAACACGAGUAUUUGUUGUCCAAGCUAGGUGUACUUGA